GUUGCUGAUUACAUAAGCGAGUUGACCACGUAAUCCGCGUGACGCGUGGUAAGCCAGCCUGCCAGCAGCGGUACUUGUGCAGGCCCGCAGUGGCAACUGCGCUCGAAUUCAAGAUCCCUUACGACGGUCAUGUUCUUCUACUUGAUAUCAUCUUUAACCAGCUCGGUUGUUGCCUUCCUCUAUCCAGGGUAUGCGUCCUACAAGACGCUGUCGCGCAGGCCGGCGUGUGAACAAGACAUUGAGCGGUGGCUCAUGUACUGGUCCGUGCUGGGAUGCAUAGUUGGGGUUGAAUACGUUGCCGAAUGGCUGGUGUCAUGGAUCCCAAUGUAUUACUUCCUGAAGACGCUCUUCCUACUUUACCUCGUACUUCCGCAGACGCAGGGAUCCUCGUAUAUCUACAUCAAUCACCUACAACCCUUCUUUCAUUCUCACGAAGCCGAAAUUGAUGCGACCCUUGCAUCAUUCAAGGCUCGUCUGUACGCCUUCGUGCAGGAGCGGUUCCGUGCCAUCUGGGAACAGGUUUCAGGCGUGCUUGGUCAGACAUCUCAAAUUCAGUCUUCUGGCGGUCUCUCUGCAGCAACUCACACAGGUGCUGCGCCAAACCUCACGGACCCAGCAUCCGGACCCGCUCAACUUGUUAUGGGUCUUUGGCGCUCAUAUGGCCCAGGCAUCAUAGCUUCAGGGGCUGCCUUCCUUCACCAGGGUACCGCAUCGACUGAUAGUUGGCGGUCCCCCGUCAACUCUCCUAGACUUUCUGUCGAGCCGCCUUCUCGCAACUCUUCUGAUUCGGACUUACGUGAACGAAUGGGGUCCAGUCGUUUUGAAGAAGUGGAUGUGCCGAGUGAUACAGAAGGAUACGACGUUGGUAGUAGGGAAGGGCCUGGGCCUGGGCCAGAGACCACUGCUGCGCGGCCCGGCAGUUGGUUUGGGAUGAACUGGUCGGCAUCUGGGAAGCAGAAGUCGGACUAAAGGGAGUGACGAAGUUUGACGGUGGUCCAAGGUAAUAGUAAUGACAGUGUAGUUGAUUUAAUGAUAUCUCCCCGAUCACCGUAUAUAAUUUCUUGCUCAUGUGGCCCGGGUCAUCACCUAUAUAUAUUCACUGUCUUCACAGUGGGAG